AUGAACUCAAAACUUUCCUCAAGCUUAUCAAGUUCCCAGCUAAUUUAUAAAAAAACCACAAAAACUCCGAGAAGCCUUUCCAAUGUAACCCUCACCCCAAAAAAGAUUUUAAAACAAAUUUUCCCUACAAGACGAAAUCUAAGCUUGGCAGCUGAUAAUGAAAAUGCAAAUCUUGAAGCUUCAGCACGAAUUCACUCAAGGCGAUCUCCCCGUGCAGCCCAAUCUCCAGCAAACCAAUCGAAUUCUUCUACCCCAAAUAAUUCCACUAGCAUAUCUCAUGCAAAACUCCACAAAUUCAGCCCUCGGACAAUUCUAACAGCAAAAAAUUCCACCAAAACCCCUAGGUCUUCUUCUCUAUUUUCCCCUCAUCAGUCUAGCUUACUGACUCCUCAAAACUCUCAUAUAAAAUCCCCAAAAUUCACUUUAGAAGAGUCCCUCAAAGCUUACAACCUCAAAAAACAUGCCAAAAAUGCUUCAAAAAAGAGCCAUUCCACUAUCAAUUUAUCAUCCAGUGCAAGAGAAGUCCCUCAAGAAAGCUUCAAAGAAAAUCCGAACAGUCCUCCAAACCUAGCUGAAUUAAUCACACAAGUGAAACCAUCAGAAUCUAAAGAAAAAGGCAGCUCAAAACUGAUGAAAAUGAAGGCAGAUGCUAUAUAUAGAGAACAUUUAUUUCAGACUUGCCAAGCUUUGAAAUUUAUUAAGAGGCUGCAGCCAGCAAGUUUUCUUCAGCUGAAUGAAAAGAAAAUUAAUUUGCCUAGAAAAGAAGGCACUGAGGGUAAGAAAACUCUUGUUUUUGAUUUAGAUGAAACUUUGGUACAUUGUAAUGAGGUUAAUAAAAAAUAUAAACCUGAUGUAAUUUUGCCUAUUCAUUUUGUCACUGGGGAAGUCAUCAAUGUAAAUCUUUAAUUAGGCUGGAAUUAGCGUCAGACCAUACACAAAAGAGUGCUUAGAAUAUGCAAGUCAAAAUUUUGAAGUCAUUGUUUUUACUGCGAGCCACCAGUGUUACGCUGACAGAGUUCUCGAUUAUUUGGAUCCUAAUAAUGAACUAAUUCACCACCGACUUUAUAGAGAGAGCUGUAUAGUCACACAAGGAGUCUACAUAAAAGAUUUAAGGAUUUUCUUAAAUCGCGAUCUAAAUGAUCUGAUAAUAGUAGAUAAUGCGGUUUAUAGCUUUGCGUAUCAGCUUGACAAUGGAAUUCCUAUGCUAUCUGCAAUAAAUAGAAAAAUUGCGACUGAGUAAUUCCUAUUUAAUUACUAUAUGAAAUAGGACAAAACAGCGUUUUUAUUUAUUAUUAAUGGGUGUAUUAUUUCGUGAUUUGAUGACAAAAAUGACACUGAGCUUUUUAAUUUAAUUGACUAUUUAAAAAUAUUGCAGACUGUUCCGGAUAUUAGAGAAGUCAAUAGGAAAACGUUUAAGCUUUAUUCACUGGCGGAAGAAAGUGAUGAAAAGGUGGCGCAUCAAGUCAAAAGAAGGGUGGCACAUAGAAAAGCGAGAUCUGUGGAUGUAACUAAAAAUAAUGAGUAA